AGUUGUAUACUUCAUACAAUCCAUAACAAAACUAAAAUAGUUCGUUUCUCACGUCGCUAUUGUUAGUAAAUACUACCAUACUAGCACUUCACAAGCUAUAUAUGCAUGUGGUUUUUAUUCAUGGAUCCUUUCUUUAAUUAAAAGUCACACGAUGAUGGAAAUACUAAACGUAUUCAGUGUAAAAGAAGAUAGAAAAACUGUGGAAAACUCAACUUGAUUCGCUUUUGUGUAGAACGAGAAAAGGGCUUCUUUGAACGCAGAGCGAAGGCCUUCUGUGACUAAGAAAAUUAAGCUUUGAAACUAUUGCAUCCUAAACUUUUACAUAAUUUGAGGAGCCAUGCCUAAGAAAAAGACAGCUGUUUCUAACAAUAGCAGCUUAACUGGGGAUUUUAAACCAGGUACUGGAGGUUCUCCGGAUUCGCCAAACAACCCCAAAAAAAAGAGAAGGACUUCAAACACACCUGCAUCUGUACAAGGUCCCCCAUCUACUCCGCCCAGUCAUGAAUUGGUUCCGCCCCCUCUCUCAGCUUUUCAUUCUGUUGAGGGUCCAUUCUGUUAUGGUGAUACAAUUGUUGCAUCCAAUCCCUUUGAUGAUACACCACCAGUUUCUGUGUCAUCUUCAUCAAAUAUGGGCCCUGGUCCUGGCCCCGGACCAGGGCCUGGUGGUCCUGGUCCCAUGAAUCAUGGACCAAUGGGGCCAAUGAGUAUGCCAUAUAUGGGUGGUAUGAAUAAUAUGAACAUGAAUAUGAAGGGUAUGGGAAUGGGUGGUCCCAUGAAUGGACCCAUGGGACCAGCUAUGAAUGGACCAAUGGGGCCAGGAGGUCCAAUGGGACCUGGUGGUCCUAUGAAUAGCCCUAUGAGUGGACCUAUGGGCCCAGGCGGUCCCAUGAAUAACCCGAUGAAUGGCCCUAUGAAUGGCCCAAUGUCAGGUCCCAUGAAUAUGAAUGGCAUGAAUGGAAUGAACACAUCAAUGUCUGGCCCAGGGAUGCCAAUGACUACAAUGAGCCAGAUGAACAAUAUGGGAGGAAUGAAUGGCCCUAUGAAUCCCAUGAAUGGCCCUGGCAUGAACAACCAACCUGGUAUGAACAAUGGACAGGGUCCAAACAUGGGGCCAAAGCCUAUGCCAGUCAGCUCUGGAAAGGUGGCAAUGGCAAUGUCUGACCUAGUGAUCAGCUCAGCAGCAAGUGAUCUAGCCAGUCAAGAUGUCGUUUACCCGCCCGACCAGCCGAUGGUCUUCAAUCCACAAAAUCCAAAUGCACCACCAAUCUACCCGUGUGGAAUCUGUCAUAAGGAAGUUCAUGACAAUGAUCAGGCCAUACUUUGUGAAUCAGGCUGUAACUUUUGGUUCCACAGCUUGAUGUGUGAUGCCAUGGCGCUGAUGUGUCCUGAUUCUGUUGGUGUUGAUUUGUUUAAUUCCUAGGCCAUGUGAUCAUAUACAGUAUAUUAGUAUGUACCGGAUUAACAGAGGGUGCAUAUCAUCUUCUGACGGGGGAAGUUUACGCCGAGUGGGUGUGUGACAAGUGCCUCAAUUCUAAAAAUAUCCCACUUGUGAAGUUCAAACCAUGAGGGAGAGCAAUGGAUAUGUAAAAAGAUCAGCUAUGAUGAACUUCCUACUUAUUUUUUCUUUGAAUGUAUAUAUGUAUGGAUACAGUGCUGUGUAUGAAUAUAUAUACUCUAUAUAUAUGUGUUCAUACACUUGUAUCUGUAGUAUAUAUAGAUUAUUUUCCAUGUGCAACAUACUGAAGGCAAUGUAAAUGUAUGUGAUUUUAAAAUUUAGCCAUUCUUAUAUGCAGUUUUUCCGUUUUUGAAAGGAGGUAGUUGUGAUGCUGGUGAUAUUGGCUACUCAGAUUAUGGCUUUUAUUUUUUUAUUUGCUAUUGAUUCAUGAACUGUAAAUUAAUUCAAGGAUAUUUUAAUGUAGCUAACUUCCUAAAUCACCAUGUUAAUUCAGACUACUGUUAUUGUCUUCCGUAUUAAUGUGCUCAUCUUUGCUGAUCUUUUUGCAUAUGCCAUGUUAAGUUCAAAAUAAUUUAGUAAUUAAUACUUUGACUUUUACUAGUGUAUUUCUUGUAUUUUUUUGAGUGAGUCGAUGAAUAAUGGAAACAGGUUUUGAAAGAUGUUAUGGCACCUUAGGUUAUUGAUUUUAAUGUAGAUAAGUGAAUGUGCAAUAGAAAUGUAUCUCAAGAAAUUAAGAACUCUAUCUUAUAAACAUUUUAGCUCAACUUUUUAAGGUGUAAAUAUGUUUGUAAAGGAAAAUUUUGAUUUUUCGAUUGUAAAAAAUAGCUUAAUAAGUGACCGUUAUUUUAUCAGAGUAUUAGGCUGCUGUGGUUGGAAAGCUUGAAUGAUAAGGAUCUUUUUCUGGUGUUCUGUUGUGUUUUGUGCACAGCAAGUAUGACAGUGUGAAAGGCUUUUGUGAGCUAAUAUGAACAUUCUUACACUUUUGGUAAAAGAAAUCCUGUUUUGAUGCAAAAGUUUCUUAGGGGAGAAUUUUGGUAUGUUUAUUUAAUUAAAAGCUAAUUAGCAACAAACCACAGUAGGUAUAAUUUGUAAACUCAGAGAAAUGCAGACAAAUGUGUAUUAUUUUCAACUUUGGUUGCUGGGAAGUGUCAGGUAUCCUUGAAUAUCAGUUUAUAAACCACAACCCCAUGAAUUAGCUAAAUUGACUGGUGUGAAAAGUUGUCUGUUGUUUGCUGUUAUACAGCAUGUUACUAGAUUUUAUGACAUGUCUAUUUUGCUUCUGUUUUUGUGGCAUGGUUACCAAACUAAAUAAUAACUAAUGUUUGUCAUUAUGAAAUGCAAACUUGAAAUUCUUGUUUGAGCUUAACACCUUGUUUAUAACUGACAAACUUAGGGUAAGUGCUUAAAGUGCUUGGAGCUAAGGAGCAUUUAUUAACAUGUAUGAAACUACUUUCCACCAGGUGUAGACCUCCAUCUCCCCUAUACCAAACAUUUUCAUUUAUUAAUUUGGUUACUUUUGAACCAUGUGUGUGUGAAAGUGCCCUUUAAACUACUUUGCUUUAACUUCGUCUUUAGUGCUAUUUUUUAUAUCAGUUGUGAGAAUUUAGUAAUUGUGGUCACCAAAAUUCAGUGUUAUAGAAUUUUGAUAUAUUUUACAAUAAAUCAGGUAAAGCUGGUCCUAGUCUGUGAAGCAGGUUGUGAAAUAUCAUGGUAUGGAGGUGCCUGUGGGGAAAUAUUCAUUUUCAGAGGAUUCCACUCUGCAGGUCAACACUGUAGAAGGUGGUUAUUAAAAUUACAGUCAAGGAGGUAGGAAUGAAUGGUCUUAGUCAAGUGGAACUCACUUGCAUUGACAGUCCAGUGGGAGGUCACGCAAGUGGAACUCACUUGCAUUGACAGUCCAGUGGGAGGUCACGCACAUGGUAGAGUGACAGCUAUUUGCAGUCGUGGUCAGAAGGAUCAAGACCUAAACUUACAUACUGACAUUCCAAGAAAUGUGCCAUUCAGUGGGCAGGUCAUGUCUUAUAGAACAUGAUACUGUCUUUAGGUGAUGAUUUCUUCAUCCUUCAUCAGGCCCUGGCUAAGAAGACUUGAAAAGAAUAUGAUUGUCAUUCUUGAGCAGAGUUUGAAGUCCUCUUGCUCUACGUUUUGCAUAGAGAAUGACAAUACUGUGUGUUAUAGGGACUAAGUGAUUCCACUCAUUGUUAGCUGGAAAGAAGGAGUGCAAUAAUGUGUUCUAUGAAUAGUCAGUGGGGGACUUAAUCCCAGAUUGAUUGGAUGAAAGAUAAGUAUCACAAGGAUAAGAAGAGGAAAAUGGUAAAAGGAGAAUCUCCCUAUGCCUUCCUUUUUUUUUUUUUUUGUCUGAAGACAACCAUACCAAUAGAUUAUUAUGGGUAGAAACACAGUGAAUUGGAUCUAAUAAGGCUUUCCUAACAUCAACAGCAAAGAAGUCAUCCUAAGAAAACUGCAGAUAUUGAUAAAGAAAUAAACUUUCAAGACCAUGCCAUGCAGAAAGAUAAACCCUGAAUGUUGUCGGCAGUAUAAUAAGCAGCUGAGGGCAAUGGCAGUAAAACCUUUUUUGAUCUUCAUAGGUCACUGUAGCCAUCUGUUUCACUGAGGAUUUGAAAAUGAAAGCUAUUGCGAUGCCUGAGGAAAUUGAGUAGGUGCUGCUGCAGGUGAUCAGGUUUCUCUUUAUUGCAAGAGAUGAAUAAAGCUAUGCAGACAUAGUGUCAGAUUUACAUCUGAGGUUUGAGAGUAAAAAUGCAUUGCAGAGGUGAGAGGUAUGUAAUGACAAGAUUAUGCACCUUCUGCCAUAGGUUGACAGCUGAUUGUGUGUUGACUAGAGGAUUAAUAUGUAUGAAGUUGGAAGGAUUACCACCUCUCUAGGGAAGUAUGUAGUACUUCAACAGCACAUAUCAGUUAAUGCAUUAUUGAAAAUAUAGGACUAUACGUAAUCUAAAUCAUGUAUCAUAACUUAGACGUGUGCAUAAUCAAGAUUUAUUUCUGUCUGAGGACAUUUUCAAGAACGGCAUACAAUUUGGUACACACAUGAAAGGUUAUGGUUAAAUCCAGGAUGAUUCAGUCCCAAACUUUUUGGAAGUUAUACUAUAGGAAAUUAAACUAAUGAAAAGAUGAUAAUAAGUUUCCAUAUCUGAAUUUACAUUUUUUAAGGAGUCACUUAUACACUGAUGUAAUUAAUUCUUACAUUUUAAUAUGGCCUUUUUUUGAUGAUGGAGAUGUUGCUUAUCAUCUCUGGUAUGAAUAUUGUUAUUCGAAUUAGUAAUCAUUAUAAUGGAACUAGCCCAAUAGGCCAUAGACCAAGACUUGUUAAGCAUUAAACUUUAUGUAAUAACAUGUCUAUGUGAAAAAUGGGAAAUCAGAAAAGAAGUAACAAAUAAUUAGAGAUAAAAAGCAUGUAUAUUUAAGUAUAAAUACGCCAGUAUGUAUAGGUUAGAAGAAGUAUUAUACCCUCCCUUAACUUCUGAUUGUCAUUGUUAAUAAUUUUGCCAAUAAGCCAUUGUGGAUUUACAGAAUUUUUUGCAGUUAUUUUUUUUAUUAUUCUCUGUUCUGUCUUUGCGUCGAGUUUACUUGUAUUCACUGUCAAAAAUUUUAUUCUGCAAGUAGUUUGUAAGCCUUGUUUCCAGUUGAAACUAUUAAUUUGUUCCUCAUCAACAGCCCACAUAAAUUUUAAUGGCUUUACAUCCAGGUGACUGAAUUUGUGUUGCAAUUGUGGAAAUUUUAAACAUAAUCAUCUAUUAAAGCUUACUUGUUUUGUGAAAGUUAGAGAAUUAUCUCAGAAAAGCAUUCUUUUGGCAAACGCAUGUUAUUUACUUGUGGCCAUGGCAUAAAAAAACAGACGUAUCAUGGAAUGUCAAAAAUAUUUUUGAUAAGUGUCUGAUGUGUCUCUUGAACUUUAGUUCCUUGCUCAUUCUGUGUUUCUUUUAGUCAUUCAUGUGGGCUGAUCAAUCAUCUGUCAGGUUUUUAAGGAGCUUCCUGCUUUUGAAAAAUCAGUAGGAUUUGUUUUAUCCGUACAUUUUUCAACUCUUAAAAAAUAUUGUACAAUUUGGAACAUGAAAUUUUGACCACUUGUAAGUAAUGAGGAUUUUGACAUUGGCAGUGUGAAUGCAAUUUAAGCUUGUACUGUAUUUUUAUAUCAUAAGUAUCAGGGCUAAAAGUUUCCUGUAAUUUACUAAGUAUCUUGUAAUAGUGAGACAUCACUCCUGGUUGCAGAGCUGGUGUUGUUUUUUUUUUUUUUUUUUUUUUUUACUUUUACUUUUGCAACUCAGUCAUGAACAUGAAUUGGAACACAGCAGAAUUCUGUGUGUAUCAUACUGUGAAUUGUAGUUAGUGCCAACAGGGAGUAAUGUUUGUUUUUGUAUAUUCUGUCAUACAUGUAUGCACAAAUACCUAAGUAUUUACAGUGCUGUACAAGCAGUCUAGCCCCUAAAUAGACAGGUGAAUUAAAUAUUUACAUACUGGAGUUUACUGGGCAUUACAAAUAUUUUUUUGUAUUGUGAGUACUGUAAUGGAUAUUUUAGUUGGGAUUUUAUGGAUGAACAAAUUGUUUUUCUUACCAAAUUCUUUAGAAAUUUACUCUUGACUUUUUUUGUGCAGAUUGUUAUUAAAUAUUUUUAACUAGUGUUCUUUUUUUAUUAUAUAAUGAAACUAGAUAAUAAAGUCCUGAAGGAUUUUGUAAGUCACAUAUUAUGAGUUGGUUACAUUUGUUGUUGAAUUAUUCAAUUGCAGCCUACUCCAUGAUGAACUGUUCAUAAGUCUUUUGAAAUGUGAGUUCUGCAAUGAGUAUUUUUUAUGAUUUUAACUACUUUGUAGUGAUGACAACGUCCACUCGGGUGGCAUUCAACCUCCCAAAUCUUGUUAAAAACUUUUCUUUCUUAUGAUUCAGUAAGUCAGAAAAGACAAAAAAAAUGUCCUGUAAUCAAUUUUCAAAGUUAGUUUUAGUGUUCAUCCUUUUUAGAUAUUUUUUCUAUUUUCAUUAUGACAUUAAUGAAGUUUUAAGAUAACUGUUCAGACAGAAAUAAAGUCUUUAAGCUGGAAAUCCCCCUUAGUGAUUAAGGAAUAAGUUUUAUCACAUUUUAAAUACCAGAAUAAAUUAUUUUAAUUUACUGUAAACAGUUUCUUUUUUAAAGCAUAAAUUCUGAGGACAAAACCAAAUUCGGUGAAAUGUUCAGUAAUAUUUAAAAUAAAUAUCUUAGGUAAAUCAUAUAUAAAAUCUCAGUAACUAACGUUCAGUACUUGAUAGUUUAUAUGGCUGUGUUCAUGCAAAGUACAAACUCUGCCUUGACAGAUGGCUCUUUCAACUGUCAUGACAGGAGACAAAGUCCCAGUUUUCAGAGUACUGUACAGUAAUCUUGUGGUUAUUAUGCAUAGCCUAAAAAUAUUUCGGGCUAGUUUUGUGAGAAUUAAGAAUCCACCUUUGUUGACCUGAUUAGAUUAUUACUGUUUUAUUAUUGCUAGAAUGUUGAUAAAAUUCAGAAUUGGGACGUGUAACCAUGAAGCCAUAGUUAGCUUAGCACUAUAAUUGUUAUGCUAUACAUUAUUACUUAAAUAAAGAUUACAGGGACAUACACAA